CCCUUCCGCCUCACUCAGCCUAGCCGUGGAGCAGGACGGGCGUGGGCCAUGGAGCGGACAGCGGGCAAGGAGCUCGCCCUGGCGCCGCUGCAGGACUGGGGCGAGGAGACCGAGGACGGCGCGGUGUACAGUGUCUCCCUGCGGCGGCAGCGCAGCCAGCGCUUGAGCCCAGGGGAAGGGUCUGGGGGCCGCCAGGUCCACAACCCCGCGGCCGACGCUUUCCUCUACUACCGCACCAGCAAGGUUCGGGCACUCAGGGCGGCACCGCUGGAGCGGCUGGUGCGGGAGUUGGUGUUUGGAGACAGGGAGCAGGACCCAAGCUUCGUGCCUGCCUUUCUGGCCACCCACCGGGCCUUUGCGCCCACCGCCCGAGUACUGGGCCUUCUCCUACCACCACCGCCCCCUCCCCUACCGCAGGGGUCAGUACCAAGGGGAAACCUCCACGUUGCUAACCCCCAUACAGGGCACUUCCUCCAUUGCCUCAGGGUAGAGAUCAAGAAGACAGAGGGAAGAGAUCUAAGCUUCAACAAGAACCUGAGGGCUGUGGUGUCCGUGCUGGGCUGCUGGCUCCGGGACCACCCUCAGGACUUCUGGGACCCUCCCGCCCACCCGGACCUCGGGAGCGUUCGCACCUUUCUAGGCUGGGCAGCCCCGGCGGGGGUUGAGGCCAGAGAGGCAGAAAAGCUGCUGGGAGAUUUCUUGGAGGAAGCUGAGCAAAGGCAGGAAGAAGAGCAGCCCCAGGUCUGGGCAGGACUUAUGGGAGCUGCCCAGAUCCCUGGUUCAGACCCUCCAGAAAAUUGCCUGGAAGAGGUGCAGGAAGGUCUGGAGCUCCUAGAUUUCAGCCUGGAUGAAGUGGCUGAGCAACUGACCCUGACGGAUGUGGAGCUCUUUUCCAGAGUGCGACCCUGCGAGUGCCUGGGCUCCGUGUGGUCACAGCGGGACCGGCCCGGAGCCAUAGGCACCGCCCCUUCUGUGCGUGCCACAGUGACCCAAUUCAACAUGGUCACAGGCUGUGUACUCGGUUCGGUGCUUGGGGAGCCCGGCCUGGCCACCCCGCAGAGGGCGCAGCGGAUAGAGAAGUGGAUCCGCAUUGCCCAGCGCUGCCGGGAACUCCGGAACUUCUCUUCCCUGAGGGCCAUCCUGUCCGCCCUGCAGUCUAACCCCUUAUACCGGCUCAAGCACUGCUGGGGGGCUGUGAGUCGGGAACCGUUAUCCAUUUUCAGGAAACUCUCGAAGAUUUUUUCCGAUGAAAACAACCAUCUUAGCAGCAGAGAGAUUCUCUUCCAGGAGGAGGCCACUGAGGGACCCCAAGAAGAGGACAGGCACCCAGGAAGCUUGCCUUCUAAACUGCCACCAGGCCCCGUGCCCUACCUUGGCACCUUUCUCACGGACCUGAUUAUGUUGGACACAGCACUGCCGGAUAUGUUGGAGGGGGAUCUCAUCAACUUUGAGAAGAGGAGGAAGGAGUGGGAGAUCCUGGCCCACAUCCAGCAGCUACAGAAGCGCUGUCAGAGCUACUGCCUGAGCCCCUGCCCACCCAUCCUGGCUGCACUGCGUGCCCAGCGUCAACUAAGUGAGGAGCAAAGCUACCGAGUCUCUCGUGUCAUUGAGCCUCCAGCUGCCUCUUGCCCCAGCUCCCCACAUGUCCAGCGACGUAUCAGCCUUACCAAGCGCCUCAGUGCAAAACUGUCCCGAGAACGAGGCUCAUCCCCUUGUGGGAGUGCCGGGGACCCCUCAUCUCCCACCUCCAGUCUGUCCCCAGGCUCUCCCCUAUCUAGUCCUAGAAUGAGGGACCCUCCUGGCAGUCCCCCGGCCUCUCCAGGACUCCAGCACCCCAACACCAAGGACUCAGAGGCCCGAGUCAUCCGAGUCAGCAUCGACAAUGACCAUGGGAACCUGUAUCGGAGCAUCUUGCUCACUAGCCAGGACAAGGCCCCCAGUGUGAUACAACGAGCCUUACAAAAGCACAAUGUAGCCCAGCCCUGGGCCCGAGACUACCAGCUAUUUCAACUCCUUCCUGGGGACAAGGAGCUCCUGAUUCCUGACAAUGCCAAUGUCUUCUAUGCAAUGAGUCCAGCUGCUCCUGGAGACUUCAUGCUGCGGCAGAAGGAGGGAGCUAGGCACACUACCUCGAUCUCCCCAACCUGAGAGAGUCCUCGCCUCCCUCCAGGACACAGUUGGGAAGUUUGAGACCUGGCUUCUGUCAAUCUUGGGGCAGGGAGGAGACUUCUCUCCACUAAGCUCUCAUUUCCUGAUAGAGACCACUGUGAUUUGUACCCUGUGGCCCUCCCCCAACUUUAUCCCAUUGGAUCCCAUCCUUCUGACCUUGGGACCAGAUGCCUAUUCCAAAGACACAGUGGCAAUGGAGAGUUUCAUCCCAUAAACAGUGAAUGGGGUUGGACACUGGGAGAUCAGACCCUUUCCCAGAGAAAUCUUGUAACUCUUAAAGAUACAUCAGAACUGACAGAAGUAGAAAAUAGUGACAAAAGUUAAGAAAUUGUAAUUAAUCUUGUCUGUUCUGUGCCUGUACCCCACGUUCAUUCCCUAUGAAGAUAAAGCCAUUUUAAAAAAAAAAUAAGAACCUCAGAAAUGAGUUGGGGAAAAAGGAAAGAAAAGAAACACCAAAAAGAAUUUAAAUAGGGGCCUCCCUGGUGGCGCAAGGGGUUAAGACACAACUUAUGGAGCUAUCCGUAGCUACUGCAGCACAAGUUUGAUCCCUGGCCAGGGAGCUACCCACAUGACGCAGCAGACCUCUCCUGACUUGCCCACUGCUCCCCUCAGCAGUGUACUUCAGUUAAUCUGCCUGUUCUGUUCCCUACUCUGUCCCUGGUGAAUCCUCUCACCCUCCACACCUCUGGCCUGUACCCCAGUUCUUAUAUGCAUAAAUAAAUCUUUAAAAAAAAAAGAAUUUAAAUAAACCCCCCAAACUGAAAAAAGAAUAAACAGAAAAGCCAAACAAAACAAAAGGAAAAAAAGGGGUUUUUUUAAUUUAAUUUAAUUUUAAAAAAAGAUUUAUUUAUACAAGCACUGAGUACAGUCAGAAGCGCGGGAGGGUGAGAGAAUUCACCAGAGCCAGAGCGGGCAACAGAACAGGCAGACUGACGAAAUACACUGCUGAGGGGAGCAGCAGGUGUGGCAGGAGAGGUCUGCGCGCCAUGUGGGACCCUCGCCAGCGGCCGGGGAUCGAACCGGCGCAGCAGCGGGCAGCUUUGCAGCCCAGCACUCAACCACUGUGCCACCAGGGGAGGCACUGUUUUUUUUAAUUUUAAAAGGGGUUAGGGGAGGCAUGGCUGGAUGCUGGGGGCAGAUCGCUGUUAUACACAGAAGGUACAGAACUCCAUCCCCCAACAUUAUUGGGGUGAUAUGCUUUUUUUCUGACAUGUAUAUGGACGAGUGAAGAAGUUUCAUCAAAUCAGAGACAAAUAAUAUCAUUACCCAUGGGUCAAUAAGGCUUUGAGGAUGAAAGGAGAGGGGUGGGCUGUCUCAGAGCAUGAGAGUAGGAUAAAACAGAGAAGGGAGAAAGGAAGUGGGCUCCAGAGCCAGCCACAACCCAGUCAUAGCAACAGCAACAAAGUAUGCCCAAUGACAAUGCAAACCAAAGAGGAAAAAUCUCAAAAAUGGUUGAAAGACUAUUAAAAUUAUUUUCUCUCAGCCUUCAUUCUAAUUCUAUAAGUAGUACAGCAAAAUGCAUUUGUAAGCUAAAUCUAAUUCCAAUCUAUUUGAUCUAUUUUUGCAUUAGCUCACAGGACAGAAUAACCAAAUAGAAUUUUGAUUGGCCUCGUCAAAACUUUCUAUAAGAGAUCUUAGAUUGAGUUGUCAACAUUCGAACUCUCUAGACCUUGGGAGCCAUGCCAUGGAAUGAUCUCACAAGGCUUUACCUGCAACAUUUGGACCUUUGGGUAAAUUUCCUGCUCUUGAGUUUCCCAGGGUUUUUCUCUCUGGGGUCUUCAGGCAUCUUGAGAGAUAAGCUUACUUACUCUUCUGCAACCCUUCAGGCAAGGUUACAGGCUUUUUUCUUUGCUCAAUUUCAACUUUCAGAAGGUCUCAACUGUGACAUUCCAAUCCAAACUAAUAUUUCCAAUCCUCUUUUUAAGGAUCUUUUUGCCCUUGAAUUUAAAACAAAAACUUAAGUUCAAUUAGUCCUAUACGGAAAACUCUCAAUCAUGAGUUUCAUCUUAAAAUAUUGUUGAAGUCUGCCUCCUGUUUUAAUUUCUCCAGAAACAACUUCUGAAAAUGUUAAAACUCUGAAAUAAUCAAAAUUAAGUUCUGAUAAUAACAUAGUUGAUAAGGAAAUUUGGUCAACAUGAUAACUUACAACAUUCCAGAACAACAACCAGAAUUGACAAACAAUGUUAUUUCAGAACAUAUCAGAGACUU